AUAGAUGCCUUUGUGAUAACAAUGUACCUUCGUGUGAUCAGUGUGUGUUUUGUUCUGUGUUUAAUUUUAAGUAGUGCUUUCGGAUUACUAGCCCAAGUAUUUAUCGAUUACGUCGCUGGAAUCGAUGAUGAAAUACAUCCACCGCCAACCACUUCAGCAGAUGGGGAAAAAAUGCGCCAAAAGCGCGUGAUCUCUUCAUCAGAAUACGAAAAAACCGCUCAAUUUUGGAAGACUGGUGCCCAACUGAAACUAAAGGAGCAACUGCUGAAGCGCACGAAUCGAAAUGUAGCCAAGAACGUUAUAUUCUUCCUGGGUGAUGGAAUGUCCAUUCCAACACUAGCUGCCAGUCGUAUGUACUUAGGCCAGCUGCAAGGACAACCGGGCGAAGAAGCACAGCUAUCCUUCGAGGAAUUUCCUGAUGUUGGGCUAGUCAAGACUUACUGCGUGGAUAAACAGGUCGCGGACUCGGCCUGCUCGGCGACCGCUUAUUUGUGCGGGGUGAAGGCCAACUAUGCGACGAUCGGAGUGACGGCUGCGGUCAACUACAACAAUUGUGCUGGAAGCAACAACCCGAAAAACCACGUCGAGUCGAUUAUGAGCUGGGCUCAGGCAGCCGGAAAAGCUACCGGUAUCGUGACAACCACGAGAGUAACUCAUGCUAGCCCGGCCGCGACUUACGCGCAUGUCGCUAGUCGAGAUUGGGAGUGCGACGCAGACGUGGCCGCGAAACAGGAGGAUCCAACCCGAUGUCAAGAUAUCGCUUCCCAGUUGAUAAGAAACGAUCCAGGAAAGAAUUUCAAAGUCAUACUGGGAGGCGGUCGACGAAAAUUCAUCCCAAAACGUGAAAAGGACCUGUCCGGAAAAUCUGGUCAACGCUUAGAUGGAACAAACCUAAUCUCGGAAUGGUAUUACAGUAAACCGCUUGGCUCGGCAAGAUAUGUGACCAACCGACAAGAACUGAUGGGAGUCAAUUUUAAUGACACUGAAUAUCUAAUGGGUCUCUUCCAACCCGACCAUCUUAAAUAUAAUCUAGACAGCGACUAUACUAAUGAUCCUAGUUUAAGUGAUCUUACGUACGCAGCCAUCAAAACUCUCGAAAAGAAUCCGGCAGGAUUUGUUCUAUUCGUAGAAGGCGGAAAAAUUGAUUUGGCACACCACGAAACGAAAGCACGCAAAUCCUUAGAUGAAACUGUACAAUUAUCGGAAGCCGUUCUACUAGCAACACAACAAACCAGAGCCGAAGACACUUUGAUUGUUGUUACGGCAGAUCAUUCUCACACUAUGUCUAUGGCCGGAUAUUCUAAACGUGGUCAUGACAUUCUGGGAAUUAGCAGUUCCGUCAAGGAUACCAAUAAAAGACUGUAUACGACGCUAGCUUAUGCAAAUGGUCCCAAAGGAUCAUCAGCAAAUAAAGGGGGAAAUCUGCAGGACUUAACAGAGGAAAUGACCGCUGAUAAAGAAUUCCAGUAUCCAAAACUAAUUCCCAUGAAAUAUGAAACACAUGGCGGCGAUGAUGUCGCUCUAUUUGCAUACGGCCCAUGGUCGCAUCUGUUUAGAGGGAUGUAUGAGCAGAAUGUGAUACCACAUCUGAUUGGAUUUGCGGCAUGCAUAGGGGAAGGGCUAACGGCUUGUAAGGGUUAG